AUGCCUAUCCCACUUUACUCGGACAAAAGUCAAACCAAAGAUACCCCUACAAACAACACUCAAUCCUCGGCGCAGAGCAACGCCACCACUGGCGGCGACAACACCACAACCACCAGUUUCGCAGGAAACAGCUUUCCCACGGCAAUUAAUGAGCAAGGCCAGCCUUUGAGCAAGGAGGAAGCUGAUCGACUCUAUGAGGAACGCAUGGAGGAGGAGUAUGCGAAGAGAGAAGGCGGAAAACCGCUGCUCACGAGAGAGGAAGAAGACGACGACACUGCUACCAUUACGAACAGCAGCAACGGAAGCAUGGAUCAGGACAUAGAAGGACAGCGAUCUAGAUCAUAUGGGUCGUUCCGCGAUUCUUCGCCAUCACCCUCCAACGACGAUGUUGAAAGCACAGGCAGUGGUAGCGCGCGGGCCCGCAUCGAUCCCCGUAUCGUAUCGGAUGCAAUUUUAGGUCUUUCGGACGGCCUGACUGUCCCUUUCGCCUUGAGUGCUGGUCUCUCAGCGUUAGGAAACACAAAGGUUGUCGUGCUCGGUGGACUAGCUGAGCUAGCGGCAGGCGCGAUCUCUAUGGGUCUAGGAGGAUAUGUCGGUGCGAAGAGUGAAGCAGAAUCAUACCAGACCACCGUCCGCGAAACCGAAGACCUUAUCGACUCAUCACCCGGUGAAACGCAAGCCAUAGUCUACGACAUUUUUUCGUCGCACGGUGUUCCUGAGGAUGCAAUCGCUCCUAUCAACACCUCCCUACAUGCCUCCCCUGACAGACUUCGCGAAUUCCUCAUUACCUUCCACCACAAAGAAUCCGAACCAGACUGCAACCAGGCCUGGACGAGUGCGAUCACUCUAGCCCUAGGAUACUUCAUUGGCGGGUUCAUCCCGCUUGUUCCAUAUUUCUUUGUCAGCCAUGUGAUCUUCGCAUUGUACUGCAGCAUUGCGGUUAUGGUCGUCACAUUGUUCGUUUUUGGUUAUAUCAAGACGGGUGUUGUACGAGGGUGGCAGGGCAGUGAGAAUAUCUUUGCUGGAGUUAAAGGAGGAAUCCAGAUGGUUGUCGUUGGAGGCGUCGCUGCUGGCGCGGCAAUUGGACUGGUGCGGUUGAUAAACGGAGGCGAGUCAUAA